AUGCCCUGGGUGCGUAUCGGAGCGCGUGCGGCGCUCGACGGCGCCGCACGCCAUCAUAUUACGCUGCGCAACAGCGUGGCACAGACGUACCACUCUGUCUUGCUCUUUUCGUUCGCGGACGAUGGCCAAGCGAGAUAUUACUGCAUGGAGGCGGCGUGCCCUCAUCUCGGCGCGCCGCUCGAGAGCGCGCCGCUCGAGUCGCGCGGCGACGACGAAAUAGAGGACUUGGUCGUGGUUUGCCCGUACGUGCUCGCGCUCACGCAGGUGCAAUAUGAUUUUCAGCUGAGCUCAGGCGAGUCGUCGACGGGCCUGUCGUCGUGUAUAUACCCGGUGGACGUGCAAGGGGACGAUGUGCUGAUUGGACCGCCGACCGACGACGUCCGCGACGGAGAAUCGGUGUGGGAGCUCGUGGAAAUUCGCCCUGUCUCGGAAGCCUUUGCGCAGCCCCCCCGUGACGCGCCGCACGAGGCGAAGCCAGAGGGCGAUGCGCACAACCCGCCGUCGUUCGACUGGGCCGCCGUGCCGCGCCCGGAGCCUGCGCCGCGCACGCUCUGUGCCUGGGCCGCGCUGAUCCUCGCGACGCCCGAGCCGCUGGCCAAGGUCGCCUACACACAGUACGCGACCGAGGCCUUUCGCAGCGGGCAGUGCCGCACGGUCGGCGGCGGGCGCUGGGACGCCAACGGCCAGUGGGCCGUGCCGGACCAAGAAACACCGCCGGAAUGGCCGCCGCGUCUCCCGUCCGAGCACCGCGUCGAUCCCGGCCACGAAGGGCGGCGCGGUAAGGCCGGCACGGAGCGCAGCCGCAUUGCGCUCCUCCAUGCGCUCGCGAAUAUCGAGCAGUGGGCGAUCGAUUUGGCUUGGGACAUUAUCGCCCGCGCGCCGCGCCUGAGCGCUGCUGCGAUGCGCACGGACGACAAUCCACGCCCUCCUGCGUCGCUCCCUACGCAGUUCUACUCCGACUUUCUCAAGGUCGCACAAGACGAGGCCAAGCACUUUACGCUCCUGCAAAAGCGCCUCAUGGAGAUGGGCAGCUACUUUGGCGCACUGCCGGUGCACCACGGCCUGUGGGAGUCGGCCGUCGAGACGUCCGAGAGUUUGUAUGCGCGCCUGUCCAUCAUCCACCUCGUCCACGAAGCGCGGGGCCUCGAUGUGAAUCCACAGACGAUCCGCAAGUUUGGCGUCGCCGGCGACACGCGCUCGGUCGCGGCACUCGAGGUGAUCCACCUCGACGAGAUCACUCACGUCUCCGCGGGCCACCGCUGGCUGACGUACCUGUGUGCCACGAGCCCUACGCCGCUGAGCCCCGUCGACGUGUUUCGCGAAGAGGUCCGCAAAAACUUUACCGGCAAGCUCAAAGGGCCGUUUAACGAGUCGGACCGCUCCAAGGCGGGUCUCUCGCGCGACUGGUACGGCGACCUGGCCGGCGAGAAAAGCAAGGACCGCCCGCGGGGUGUGCACCGUGAAGAAGUGCCGGGUGGAUAG